AUGUCAAGCCGCCUGACAUCACCCGGGACCAGUGCUUUAUCUGAAAAGCACUGGAGGCAUUUAAUGGCACCUGCACAAUACUCUCCGUCAUCAUGCCCAGAAGGCUACAGUGUCAGGGUCAGGUUUCCUGACAAGGGACAGAGCCGUAAUGCCAGAGAGUGGGUCCCACUAGGUCAGGGCGAGUCACUUCGCUCGUAUGCUCAAAGGUUCAACGAGGAGAAUGUGCAGAUACCUGAUCAGAAUGAGCAGGUAACUAUCGCUGCCUUCACCAACGGGUUAGUGGCAGGGAUCUUCAACACCGAAAUCCAUCGGCAGUACCCCCAUACACUUCGGGAGCUCUGGGAAAGAGUGGACCAGGGAAUCCGAAGUGAAGAUGUAAAUCGCAUGAAGCGAGAAGCCCAAGCAUCUCGUACGGGGCAAGAUCCCCGGGGGAGGAAAGAUACUGGCCGAGGUGAACCAGGCCCAAGUGGCACUUCAAACCAACUCCGAGACCACCGGAGUGUCUUCGACCGGAUCGUGAAAGGCAGAUCGUCAACCUCGGACGCCGAGCUGACACCCCUCAAUUCCAGCCGAUCCCAUGUUUUGGCUGUGAUGAGGCAGAACCACCUCGGCCGAACUCCCCCUGAGAUCCCAAGAAGAAGGGAUAAGAGGAAUUCCAACCUCUACUGUGCCUACCACCGAGAUGUGGGGCACGAGACCGAAGACUGCAACGAUUUGAAGCGAGUAAUCGAAAACCUGAUCCGCCAGGGAUACUUGAAGCAGUUUGUCCGCAAGGAUGGAACCUUCAACCGAAGCGCCUCCCACCGGGAGAGCCGAGGUCCUCGCCGAGAAGACAGUCGGGACACUAAGCUUCAGUGCCGAGGUCCCGAGAACCGAAAUGGGGAUCAGAGGCCUCCACGCGACGGAUCGCCAGGCUAUGGCCCGAACAUUGCCGGGGUGAUCAACACAAUCUCGGGUGGCCCCACUGGAGGAGACAGUCAGAACUCCCGAAAAAGGACUUACCGCCAAGCCGAUAUGGAGGUGGUCGAAUCAAGCUCCAGGUUAUCCGAGGUGAUUACCUAUGGUCCCCAUGACCCUGUCCCUGCCGCCUCCAGCAAUCACGAGGCCCUCGUGAUUGAAAUCCUUACCAAUAAUUAUAUAGUCAAAAAGGUCUAUGUCGACCCCGGAAGCUCGGUAGACGUCUUGUACUACCGAACUUUCGAGAGUUUGAAGCUGACCCAGGAGCAACUCACUCCGGUCAGAACUCCCCUUGUCGGUUUCGGGGGACACGUCGUCCACCCGGAUGGCAUGGUGACCCUGAUGGUAACUAUCGGGCGUCAUCCACGAUGCCGAACUGUGUCUGUCAGUUUUGCGGUGGUCAAAGCAGACUCCCCCUACAACAUGCUGAUAGGCCGACCCACGCUCAACGCCUUGAGAGCCGUAUACUCCACCUACCACCUGAGCUUUAAAUUCCCAACACCUGCGGGGGUGGCCGAGGUGAGCAGCGACGUGGGCGCCGCCCGGAAUGCUACCUCGCCACCAUUCAAGCAGCAGUCACACCCCGGCCCUCACCGAGGUCAGAAGAAAAGAGGCCAGCGGUCCUCUCCAUAG